UACAAAAGGCGCUCACAGUUAAGACCACUUCUUUGGGAUAGCACCAUCGAGUUACCCCUGGAUGACGUCUACACAAGACUUAAAAUCGUUUCAAGGCGAAAAGCAGACUUCCGGGUGGAUGAUAACGAGGUGAAUGUGUUCGACGUCUUCAGAGCUCUUGACAAAGGUGAGGAUGUUAUGACUCUUGUUGAAGGGAGUCCAGGAAUCGGUAAAACUACGUUUUGCCUUAAACUUGCUUGUGACUGGGCACAUGGAAAAAUCCCAGCGGAGUGUUCUUUUCCCAAAUUCGAGAUCGUGUUGCUUUUGAAAUGUCGAGACAUACAUGAAGAUGUAAUGGAAACCAUCAGUGAACAACUGUUGCCAGAAGAUAUGGAGGAGAAGACUAAAGAAAGACUAUUUGAUUUCAUUAAAGACUUUCAUAACCAGGAGAAAACUUUAAUCAUUUUGGACGGUUUGGAUGAGCUUCCCAAAGAUUCCGAGCGUUAUGUAGAUAAACUGCUGCAAAGAAGAAUUUUAUCAUUUUGUUAUGUUUUGGCUACCUCCCGACAAGAAAGGGGAAUUGAUGUACGGAAAAGGUACGGCUUCGAUAUCCUCUUGGAGAUUAAAGGAUUCACAGAGAGUGAUGCUUUUGAUUAUAUCAGAAAACAUUUUAAAAAUGUUGGUCCCUUGCAUUCAUCAAAGGGAGAAAGUCUCAUUAAGGAAAUUCAAGAAAACACUCUGUUACAUGCCCUGCGAAAUAAUCCUCUAAAUUUACUUCUUCUUUGUGUUAUUUAUGAGGACUAUGAGGGGAAUUUACCGUCUUCCCGUUCUGAGCUUUACCAAGUUAUUGUACUGUGCCUUUUAAGGAGACAUUGCGCUAAACACAAUCUAGAGGCUCCUAAAGAAAACAGCGCCUUAGAGAAGCAAUAUGAAGAGACCAUUCUCGCACUUGGAGAGUUAGCUUGGUUGUGUUUGCUGAGCGAUCGCUAUUGUUUUCGUGAAAGUGAAUUAGCUGCGCUUGAAAAAAGGUACAAAGGAUUGGUCGAUCGUCACAUAGGCCUAGUUUACAAGGAAGAAAGUCUGAGGAGGUUAAUGCCCCAACAUGAGUACUACUUUCUUCACAAGACGUUCCAAGAAUACCUGGCUGCCGCCUUUAUUGCUGACAAGUUGCGAGGAAACCAGUUAAGGUUGUUUGAGCGUCUUAGUUUUCAUGAACUAGUGAAAAAGUAUCGAGAAGUGUUUCUUUUUGUUUCUGGUAUACUUGGGAGAGAUGCAAACAUUCUAUUCACUCAGAUUGGUGNUGUUUGAGCGUCUUAGUUUUCAUGAACUAGUGAAAAAGUAUCGAGAAGUGUUUCUUUUUGUUUCUGGUAUACUUGGGAGAGAUGCAAACAUUCUAUUCACUCAGAUUGGUGAGGAGCUAAAAAACUGGGGAAAAUGGGACUGGGUCACCUGCACACAGUCUGGAAUGGUGACAAUGGAUGAGCGAGAGAGGGAAGAUGACUGGUAUGACUGUGACAAUGACGACGAGGAGGACCAAGGCAGGGAAGCAGCAACUUUCCUUACGAAAAGCAUCAGUGAAACUGGACAUGCUGAAAAAAUGGCAGAGACCUUUUGUUUCUGCUUACCGUUUCCCGCGCAUGUUGAGAUUGACCCUCUUUACAGUUAUAAUAUUUAUCAUGUUUUAGAGGCCUUUAGAAAGUUUUCAAAUGUGCAGAAGCCAGUUUGCCUCACGUUUCAUGAUCGACCCAGGCUGAAAGACAGUGACUAUCAGACUGUUGUAGAGUACAUUCAAUUUUGCUCUGAGCUUCAGACUCUUAGCAUUUUUACCCCUGCAAUGAAAUCAGAUCUAGCCAUAGCCCUACGUAACGGCUUAUCUGGAAACACGACUUUAUCAGAGUUUAUUCUUGAAGUGUGUGGCAGUAUCCCUUGUGACGCAGCUGUUGUCAUCGGUGAUUUGUUGGCUUCACGUAAAUCGUUGAAGAACGUAAAAUUUCUACUUCGUAGAGUACACGGCGUAGCUUGGGCCAGUGCUAUUGAAUCUGGAUUGUCUGCUGACUCUCUUUUGUCGUCUGUGAGCCUCAGCGUUCGUUGGUCAUUGAGUGAUACCGCGGUCAACGGUUUAGGAAAGCUUUUAUCAAAUGAAUCUUUAACCUCAUUUUCCCUAAAUAUAUUUGGGGAUAUGCAAGACUUCCUAGCUACUAUUAUCGGUAAAGGAAUCGCACAACAACCCGCAUUAAAGUCGUUCAAUCUUGGCAUCGAUGGCAACCUUAGUAAUUUUGCUGUUAAUGUCCUAGAAAAAGGCCUUUUAGAAAAUCGUACUCUAAAGGAUUUGAAAAUGUCUGUCCGUGGAAGAGUUCCAGACAACUGGCAAGCUCUUCCGGAACGUGUUCGGUUGGGAAAUAAUGCGUUAGUUACUUUAAGUGUUUACCCAGGUUCGUGCAGAAGAAUAACGCAUAAUCAGUUGGCUUAUUUUUGUCCUGGUCCGGAUGUGGUUGAGAAAGGCUUUCAGACGAAACAACAUUUAACUGUAGUCCAUUGGGGUGAGCUGGGUUGUGAUGGGGCAGAAGCUCUAUUUGAAGCCUUGGUACUUUCCCCACUGACAAGCCUUACUUUAAAAGUGCAUGGAAAAUUAACUUAUAGAGUGGCUAAUUGCAUUGCAAGAUAUAUUAGACGACACAAGACACUUUGCUCCGUGACGAUUGAUGUUUGCGGGGAAUUGGACCCAGGAACAGGGACUAUUCUUCAGGGACUAUCGGAUAACCACGUAACUGUGGAGGUAAAUGUUCAUGACGUCUGUGUCGUACCGGACGAAUCGUGCAAUGGCCUUGAUGUCUGUAUCGACAGUAUUGAAUCACUUCCGUCAGUACUCAAUACAAUCAAGAAUACCAGAGAGGAAAAGAUCAAAUUAAAAAUCAUUAACGACGAUGGUGCAAGUCAAGACUGGACGAACCUUGUAGGUGAUGCUUUGGCAGAAAACAAGAUAGUGACCGCGCUCGAUGUUACGAUCAACAACUUCAUAAUAAACACGACAGCAGACUUAGGGAAUGAACUUGGGGAGAGUUUGUUGCGAAGCUCUUCUCUGACGGUUAUAAAUCUCGCGAUCAACAACUACAGUAACAUGGCAAAAGGCUGGGAAUGUAGAUUGGUGAACUGCUUGGCCAAGGUCACUUCAUUAACUACACUCAGUCUUGCAAUUGAAGAUCAUGGCGCGCAGAGGACAGCAGAAGAAGGUUUGCGUGACAGUUUGAUGGUAAUGACUUCAUUGUCUACACUUUCCGUUGUAAUCAAUGGCAGUAAUUUGGAUGAAUUCUGGAGUUCCUUUUUGCGAAACUGUUUGGUGGAAAACACUUCAUUGUGCCUACUCUGUGUUACAGUUAACAACUACAAAAACAACAGCAACGAGAACGAAAACGGCAACGAGAACGACAACGAUUCGGUUGAUUCGUUUUGUUACUCAGCUGACUCCGAAGAGUCUGAAUACUGGUAUACAGGUCUGGCUGAUGGCUUAGCGCGAACUGCAUCAUUAAACGAAUUAACUCUGACAAUAAACGAUGACACCUCUCCUUGUGACUACUGGAUAGAAAGUGUGUGUGAAGGAUUGGAAGAAAACGAGACAGUAACUUCUCUUACUGUGACAACCAGCAGUAAUGCCGGUUCUGUAUUUUGUGAGAUGUGGGUCUCUGACUUGCGUGAUGGUUUAGCGUUAAACAAGUCAUUAACUACACUCACCCUUAUAAUAAAUGUGUACUCUGAAGGUGAGCGGCUGAAAGGCUAUGACCCAUACUUGCAUGAAGCGAUGAACCAUAUGAACACAUCGUUUAGUACACUCAAUCUGACCAUCAACAUCUGCAGAGAAGCCACUGCAGACUGGUUACCCAAUAUUUGCCGUCUUCUAGAGAAGAGGUCUUCGUUGACAACAUUUAGAUUGAACGUUAACAACCAUUGCGCUACAAAUGAAAGUCGCAUAUAUGACUUUAGUAAACUUCGUUUAAAAUGCAGAUCACUAUCUUCUUUUGAACGCACUAUAACUUUCUAUGGAGAGUAA